GUAGUCCGAUGUGUUUAAUGAGUCAUUGUUUUUUUUUUGUUACAAUUCAUUCUAUUAAAGUUGCAAGCAGCAAGUAGCAAAAGUGAAAAGUAAAACUUAAGUUUAAUCAAAUCACGAACUUGCCACAAAAUGUUUAGCAGUGGCCCAAAUUAUACGAAGUUAAAGACGAAUCUGCGAUUAGCAGUGAAUCGUUUAAAACUCUUGGAAAAGAAGAAGGCGGAGAUUGCUCAGAAAUCUAGAAAGGAAAUAGCUGAUUUUUUGGCCACUGGGAAGACUGAAAGGGCCCGCAUAAGAGUGGAACAUAUUAUCAGGGAGGACUAUCUUGUUGAAGCAAUGGAAGUGGUUGAAAUGUAUUGCGACUUGUUAUUGGCACGUUUUGGUCUGGUUACUCAAAUGAAGGAAUUGGACGAUGGCAUAGCCGAAGCUGUGUCGAGUAUUGUCUGGGUUUGUCCCCGCAUGCAAAGCGAUGUGGCCGAAUUGAAAACUAUUUCUGAUAUUUUCAUACAAAAAUAUGGACCACAAUUUGCAGAGAAAGCACGAACAGCUACGGGAGAUGAUCAUCAGGUUUCUCAAAAACUUAUGCAUAAACUACAGCUGCAAGCCCCACCCAAACUCUUGGUGGAGAAAUAUUUAAUUGAAAUUGCUAAGAAUUAUAAUAUAGAAUACGAACCGGAUCCUCAGGUUAUGAAUGAAGAUGGUGGUGGUCAAGGAAAUGACCAGUCACUUAUUGAUUUGUCGGAUCGCAAUAAUUUAGGAGGCAGUGGGCAGCCUCCAGAAAUGGGAUUCAUUGGAUAUCCAAGUCUGCCACCAAUGCCAGCUGUCCCCAAUAAUAAGCCUUUUAAUUAUCCACCACCUUAUGGUGGUGGUGGUGGUGGUGGAGGUGGUUUUGCUGCAGCUCCUUUACCAUAUGGUGGCGUCCCAGGUCCGGCAAUGGGCGGCGCUGCCGGUGGUCCUCCACCAUUUAGCUAUAAUAUUCCACCAACAGCUACUCCAAACAAUGAGAUUAAGGAUUUGAAUACACAGUUUAUUAAUGAGGAAUCCAAUGCUGAUGUACCAACAACAUCGCAAAGUGAUGAUGAGCCCAUAGAUUCCAAUAUAUUGCGCCAAAAAAUGGAUCAUGAUCCUCCACCCCGUUAUACCUCAAUUAAUCCACUUAAUCUUCAGAAUUCCAACAAACCAAAGCCUCAACCACGAAACAAAAUGCCACCGCCGGCACUUCAGCCCACAGCUCCUCCGACGUCCAUGGAAAUGCCUCAAUUACCUAAUGUUCCCAUGGAUAUGCCAUCGGAUGAUGUCAAGCCCAACAACAAUGAUGACGACAUUGACUUUGAUGAUUUGUCAAAACGUUUUGAAAAUCUCAAAAAACGCAGAUAAACUAAUUCGUCGCAGUACGAUAUGUGAUAGUUUGUGAGUCACCGGCCAGACGACGAAACAUUUUAUGUUAGCUAUAGUAUAUCAGUGAAGAGAUAAAAUCUGCAAUCGCGUGUUAUGUUAUGUUGUGCAUGUAUUGUAUUAUUAAAAUAAUAUUGUUUAUAUAAAAAUGCUAUUGUACAAGGA